AUGGAAGCGGACAGUGAUGUUGCAUUGGACAUUUUAAUCACAAAUGUAGUGUGUGUUUUUAGAACAAGAUGUCAUUUAAACUUGAGGAAGAUCGCGCUAGAGGGAGCAAAUGUGAUUUACAAGCGUGAUGUUGGGAAAGUGUUAAUGAAGCUUAGGAAACCUAGGAUUACGGCCACGAUUUGGUCCUCAGGAAAAGUUAUUUGCACAGGAGCCACAAGUGAAGAAGAAGCUAAAUUCGGUGCCAGACGAUUAGCUCGUAGUCUACAGAAACUAGGUUUUCAGGUAAUUUUCACAGAUUUUAAAGUUGUGAAUGUUUUAGCAGUGUGCAACAUGCCCUUUGAGAUCAGAUUGCCAGAAUUUACGAAGAAUAACAGACCUCAUGCUAGUUAUGAACCAGAACUUCAUCCUGCCGUAUGUUACAGAAUAAAAAAUCUCCGAGCUACCUUACAGAUUUUUUCCACAGGCAGUAUCACAGUUACAGGGCCAAACGUAAAGGCAGUUGCCAGUGCCGUGGAACAGAUUUACCCAUUCGUGUUUGAAAGCAGGAAAUAA